GUGCAGUAUGUUUAUUGGUUCGUAGAAUCAGCUGUUUUAAUUUUCGGCUCGUGCUAGUGAUAGCAUCUGAAAAACUUAUAAAAAUGCAAUUAACUUUAAUUAACUUCUUCAAAAAAACUGUGCCUGGACACAUUUUUCGAGGUAAGCGCCGACUUAUAAAACCGGUGAGCAAACGCGCAAUUGAAACACUACGUCGCGAUUACGAAAGGCAGGAGCAAAAUAUGUUAUGGUUGCGACACCCUUACUUAACGGAGGAAUCAUCGGGUCAUGCCAAAGAAUUGGGAAAGACCGAAGCUAAGUUGGCAAUGUGGAACGACCGACGCACACUAACCAAAAUGAAACCACACAUAACCAUUGAGGAGAGACUUGCACAUUUGAAAGUAAAAGAAGCCUGGGAUUAAAAUUAUGAAUUACAAAUUACUAUAUUAAAUUAAACAAUAUAAAAAUAUCUGAUAAAUGGUCCACGUUAUGGAAUACCGCUUGACUUCGGCAAGUUAUUUCUUAUAUUAAUUCGGCACACCGUGAAUUUGUUUUUCCUUGUUUAUUAAUAAAUUGUUUAAUACAUAAUA